AUGUCAGGUCAAGACAGAUGUACACCAAAGGCUUACAUGAGAGACACAAAGUCACCGCAGCCAAAUUCCCGAAGAAAUAUCCUUGGCAACACUGACACGCCGACGCAUCUUGCAAUUAGUCACAAGAUUAUUUCUGGCAACUUGCCAUCUCCCACACUCCGUGCCAUCUCCUACUCUCCCAUCUCCACUCUCAGUGCCAUCUGUCUCUCUCUCCCACACUCUCGGUGCCAUCUGCCACCACACUCUCAGGUGCCAUCUCCCACACUCUCUGCCAUCUCCACACUCUCGGUGCCAAUUCUCCAUACCCUCAGUGCCAUCUCCCACUCUCAGUGCCAUCUCCACUCUCAGUGCCACCUCCCACACUCUCAGUGUCUCAUCUCCCCACUCUCGGUGACAUCUCCCACACUCUCAGUGCCAUCUCUCCGGUUGCCAUUCUCCCAUUACCCUAGUGCCAUCUCCCACUCUCCAGCUGCCAUCUCCCACUCUCAGUGCAUCUUCCCACACUCUCAUGCCAUCUCCCACACUCUCGCGUGGUUCCCACACUCUCGUGCCAUCUCCCACACUUCUCCGCCAUCUCCCACACUCUCAGUGUCAUCUCCCACACCUCCGGGUGCCAUCUCCCACACUCUCGGUGCCAUCUCCCGCACACUCUCAAUGCCCAUCCUCCCAUCACACUCUCGCAUGCCAUCUCCCACACUCUCGUGCCAUCUCCCACACUCUCGUGCCAUCUGCCCAACACUCUCAGUGUCAUUCCCACACUCUCUGCCAUCUCCCACCACUCUCAGUGUCAUCUCCCACACUCUCGUGCCAUUCUCCCAUACUCUCCAGCUGCCAUCUCCCACACUCUCAGUGCCAUCUCCCACCACUCUCAGUGUCACUCCCACUCAUCUCAACGCCAUCUCCCACACUCUCAUGCCAUCUCCACACUCUCAGUUGCCAUCUCCCAUACUCUCAGUAGCCAUCUCCCACACUCUCAGUGCCAUCUCCCACACUGCUCAGUGUCAUUCUCCCACACUCUCAGUGCAUCACUCCCACAUCUCUACCUGGUUUGCCAUCUUCACCACACUCUCAUGCCAUGCCAUCUCCCUCCACACUCUCAGUGCAUCUCCCACACUCUUCAGUGCCAAUCUCCCACACUCUCGGUGCCAUCUCCCACAUCAGUGUCCAUUAGUGCCAUCCCCCACUCUCAGUGCCAUCUCCCACACUCUCGCGUGCCACAUCUCUGCCAUCCUCCCCACACUCUCAGUGCCACUCCCACACCUCAGUGCAUCUUCCCACACUCUCUGCCACUCUCCCACACUCUCGUGCCAUCUCCCACACUCUCAGGUGCCAUCUCCACACUCUCGUGCUGCCAUCUCCCACCACAUUCGGGCCAUCUCCACUCUCAUGCCAUCUCCCGCACUCUCCAGGUGCCAAUCUCCCACCACAUCUCGGUGCCACUCCCACACUCUCAGUGCCAUCUCCCACACUCUCAGUGCCAAGUCUCUCCACUCUCAUGCCUUCUCCCACACUCUCAGUGGCCAAUCUCCCACACAUCUCAUUGCCAUUCUCCACACUCUCAGUGCCAUCUCGCACACUCUCGUGCCAUCUCCCACACUCUCAUUGCCAUCUCCCCACACUCUCAUGCCAUCUCCCCAACUCCAGUGUCAUCUCCCACACUCUCCAGUGCCCAUCUACCCAACUCUCAGUGCCAUUCUCCCACACUCUCACUGCCAUCUCCCACACAGUGCCAUCUCCACACUCUCAGUGGUCAAUCUCCCACCAACUCUCAGUGCCAUUCUCCCACACUCUCAAGUGCCAUCUCCCACACUCUCAGCUAAGCCAUCUCCCACACUGUCAGUGCCAUCUCCCACAUCUCUCAGUGUCAAUCUCCCACACUUCUCAAGUGCCAUCCCCACACUCUCGGCUGCCAUCUCCCACCUACUCUUCAGCUGUCAUCUCCCCACACUCUCAGCGUGCCAUCUCCCACACUCUCGGUGCCAUCUCCCACAACUCUCAGUGUGGAUCUCCCACACUCUCAUGCCAUCUCCCAACACUCUCAGGCCUGCCAUCUCCCACACUCUUCGAGUUGUCAUCUCCACAACACUCUCAGUGCCAUCUCCCAACACUUCGGUAGCAUCUCCCACAACUCUCAAGUGUCAUCUCCCACACUCUCUAGUGCCAUUCUCCCACACUCUCGGUGCCAUUAAUCUCAGUGCCAAUCUUCCCACCACUCUCGUCCCAUGCUUCCUCCCAACCCACGCUUCAGUGUCAUCUCCCACACUCUCAGUGCCAUCAUCCCCACACUCUCCUGGUGCCAUCUCCCACCACCUCUACAGUGUCAUCUCCCACACUCUCAGUGCCAUCUUCCCACACUCUCCGUUGCCAUCUCCCACACUCUCAGUUUCAUCUCCCCACACUACUCAUGCCAUCGUCCCACACUCUCGGUGCCAUCUCCCACAACUCUCAGUGUCAUUUCUCCCACACUCUCGGUCGCCAGCCUCCCACACUCUAAGUUGCCAUACUCCCACACUCUCAGUGCCAUUCUCCCAUACUCCUCAGUGCCAUCUCCCACACUCUCAGUGCCAUCUCCCAGGACUCUCUAGUGCCAUCUCCCACACUCUCGCCCGUAGCCAUCUCCCACACGUCUCGGUGCCAUCUUCCCACACUCUCAGUGUCAUCUUCCCACACUCUCAGGUGCUGAGCUUCUCCCACACUGCUUCUCCCGGUUGCCAUCUCCCACAUCUCUCAGUGCAUCUCCCACACUCUCAGUGCCAAUCUCCCACACUCUCAGUUGCCACUUCUCGCCCCAGCGCGCCCUCUCAGUGCUCAUCUGCCCACCACUGCUCAGGAGGGCAAGUUGCCCGAGGCUCAUCCCCCACACUCCUCAUCGUGCCAUCCUCCCACACUCUCGCGAGUUUGUGCUCAUCUGCCCACUACUCUCAAAGUGACAUAUCUCCCAUCAACUCUCCAGGGGUCGCCAUUCUCCCACACUCUCAGGCUGCCACGUCUCCCACACUCACAUCUCUUCCUGGCUGCCAAUUUACCGAAUCGUCUCUCAUGGGAAUCACCGGCGUGUGCCAAUCUACCAUUUUACCACUCUACUUGUCUUCUACUUCUCCGCCGUAA